UGCUGAUUGGCUCCCAGCAGCACGAGCUCGGAAAUACUACCACGCAGCUCGAAGCGAGAUUUGGGGGUUCGGCGUCCUGCUGCAAUGGCGGGAGAGUUGGAGCGUUGGGUAUCGAACCAGCUCCAUACCCUUCUGGGGCUCAGCGAGCGCCAUGUCGUGGCCUUCAUGGUGGGCCUGGCCCAGCGGAGCCGGACUCCGGAGGACUUGCUCACUCGCUUGGAAGAGACCGAGACGCUGCGGGUGACCGACCCCACCGCGCGCGCCUUCGCCCAGCAACUCUGGGACCGGGUUCCACACCAGGUGCCACAGGAGCGUCCAGCCAGAUUAGCUGAGCAGCAGGCCUUAGCGUUGCAGGAAAAGAAUCGUUCAUAUACCCUGUUGGAGGACAGCGAUGAUGAAGAAACCAGUAAAACAACAGCAGCCCGUAGCUCAAAGCGUCACCACCCCUCACGGGGUCCUGAGAGCAAGCAACGGAAACGGCAGAAACACCUGAGGCAGCGCAAGGAAGAAGAGGAAGACAAAGACUCUGAUGAGAAGCUUAGUGAAGAGGACAAGGGACGGAUUCCAGAAGAGGAUUCAGAGGAUGAAUGGGACCGGAGCGAACGGGAGCGGCUGCAAGACUUGGAAGAACGUGACGCUUUUGCAGAACGUGUCAAACGCAAGGACAAAGAAAAGACGCGCAAUAUCCUCGAGCGAUCAGACAAGAAGGCAUAUGAAGAAGCUCAGAAGCGUUUAAAGAUGGCGGAAGAGGACAAGAAAUUCAUGAUUCCAGAACUACGCAAGAAAUCUCGUCGGGAAUACUUAGCCAAACGAGAAAAGGACAAGAUGGAAGAUUUGGAAGCAGAGAUCAAGGAUGAGGAGUACCUGUUCUCCGAGCAAGAACUCACCGCUCUUGAACAACAGGAGCUGGAGUACAAAUGCAGAGUGCGCGACUUGGCAAAACAGUACAAACAGGCUGGAGAGCAGGAGAAGAUGGAGAAGCAUAAUCGGUAUUACAUGCCUGAGGAGAGUCGCAGCAAGAAGAUUCCUGAUCGUUAUGAGGAGCCCCAGGCAGAGGAUCACAUGGCUCCGAGGGAUGAGCAGCGGCGCUGGGAGGAAGACCACAUUGGGGCAGCUGCUCUCCGUUUCGGGGCCCGGGAUGCUGAUCGGCGCCAUCCUCGCAAAGUCUACGAGUACGUGCUAGAAGAUGACGAGAUGAUCCAGUUUGUGAACGCUGUGCAAAUGCGGGGCACAAAUCAGGACAAGGAGGAGAAGCCGGAACUGUCCCAGGCUGAACUCAAGAAGUUGUCUCUCCAGGAGGUGCGCCGCAGCCUUCCUAUUUUCCCAUAUCAGGAAGACCUACUGGCUGCCAUUGCUGAACAUCAGAUGCUCAUUAUUGAAGGGGAGACUGGCUCUGGCAAGACCACUCAAAUCCCACAAUAUUUGUACGAAGAGGGUUACACCAAGAAAGGAAUGAAGAUUGGCUGUACUCAACCCAGGCGAGUCGCAGCUAUGAGUGUUGCUGCCCGUGUUUCACAGGAAAUGAAUGUCAAGCUUGGAAAUGAAGUAGGGUACAGCAUCCGUUUUGAAGAUUGCACUUCAGAGCGGACAGUGUUGAAGUACAUGACGGAUGGGAUGCUGCUCAGAGAAUUCCUCACUGAACCUGACCUGAGUAGCUACAGCGUCAUCAUCAUAGAUGAGGCUCACGAGCGCACGCUGCACACCGACAUUCUGUUUGGCUUGAUUAAGGACAUUGCUCGCUUCCGGCCUGAGCUGAAGGUGCUGAUUGCCAGUGCCACCCUGGACACCGAGCGCUUUUCCACCUUCUUUGACGAUGCUCCCAUCUUCCGCAUCCCGGGGCGCCGUUUUCCUGUUGACAUUUAUUACACUAAGGCCCCAGAGGCUGAUUAUCUGGAAGCCUGUGUGGUGUCGGUGCUGCAGAUUCAUGUCACCCAGCCCCGAGGGGACAUCCUUGUGUUUCUGACUGGCCAGGAAGAAAUUGAAGCCUGCUGUGAGAUGUUACAGGAUCGUUGCCGGCGCUUGGGCUCCAAAAUUGCAGAACUUGUGGUCCUCCCAAUUUAUGCUAAUCUACCCUCCGACAUGCAGGCCAAGAUCUUUGAACCGACCCCACCAGGGGCCCGGAAGGUUGUCGUGGCCACAAACAUAGCAGAGACAUCACUGACCAUAGAUGGCAUAAUUUAUGUGAUUGACCCUGGGUUUUGCAAACAGAAGAGUUACAAUGCUCGCACGGGCAUGGAGUCACUUAUUGUUACCCCCUGUUCUCGGGCUUCUGCCAAUCAGAGGGCAGGUCGGGCAGGCCGUGUGGCUGCAGGAAAGUGCUUCCGUCUCUACACAGCCUGGGCGUACAAAAAUGAGAUGGAGGAAACCACGGUGCCAGAGAUUCAGAGAACCAACCUUGGGAAUGUAGUGCUUCUUCUCAAAAGCUUAGGCAUCAAUGAUUUGAUUCACUUUGACUUCAUGGAUCCACCACCCCACGAGACUCUAGUAUUGGCAUUAGAGCAGCUGUAUGCCUUGGGGGCCCUCAACCAUCUUGGUGAACUCACCAAGUUGGGCCGGAAGAUGGCAGAAUUGCCUGUUGAUCCCAUGCUCUCAAAGAUGAUUCUAGCUUCUGAACAGUACAAGUGCUCAGAGCAAAUCCUGACCAUUGCUGCUAUGCUUUCAGUCAACAAUGCCAUUUUUUACCGUCCUAAGGACAAAGUAGUUCAUGCUGACAAUGCCCGCAUGAAUUUCUUCCUGCCUGGUGGAGACCAUCUGGUUCUUCUCAAUGUAUAUACUCAGUGGGUGGAAAGUGGUUACUCCAUGCAGUGGUGCUAUGAGAAUUUCAUCCAGUUUCGUUCUAUGAGGCGAGCUCGAGAUGUGCGAGAACAGCUGGAAGGGUUGAUGGAACGCAUUGAGGUGGAUAUAACUUCCAGCGAAGGGGACUACAUUCCUAUCCGCAAGGCCAUAACGGCUGGUUUCUUUUAUCACACUGCGCGGCUAACCCGCAGCGGUUACAAAACAGUCAAGCAUCAGCAAACAGUGUAUAUCCAUCCCAACAGCUCCUUGUUUGAAGAGCAGCCCCGCUGGCUCAUUUAUCACGAGCUGGUCUUCACCACUAAGGAAUUCAUGAGACAGGUGAUUGAAAUUGACAGUACAUGGCUGCUGGAAGUGGCCCCUCACUAUUACAAGGCCAAGGAACUAGAAGACGCCUCAGCCAAGAAACUGCCCAAGAAAAUGGGGAAGACACGGGAAGAGCUGGGAUAAAAGAAGAACUUGCCUUCAAUUCUGACUUUUCCAGUGCUCAGCAGCACUUUUGGACACUUUUUUUGUAGAGCUGUAUAGUUUUACUGUUAACUCAGAGGCAUAAAAUAAAUACUUUUUUAAAAAAAA